CUGCUAGGUGCAAAGUGGUUACUUUCUUCUCGUGACAAGAAUUCUUCUUGGCCAGUCGUAGUCGACUAGCGAACGAUGGCGCAUGCCAGUGGAUCCGUACGAAUGCUAGGCGAUGAUGAACGUGAUGUACCGAAAAGCGAGUGGUUCCACAUUACGCUUCUCGCUCUAGUGAUCACCAUCUGCUUCAACAUAACUGUGCUUUCCUACAGAUACUUCGCCAUAAUUCGGCGAGAGAAACUUGAUAGAAUGAAUAAGAGCAAAGAACUAGUCACGGAGCAGUGGUAUCUUGAAAAAGAAGUAGUCAAGAAGGAGGCUGAGAAUCGCCGCAGAAAGAGAGAAGCCGAAAAGAAAAAUCUCGUUUGAUUGUGUAAAUGAAUGCAUUAUGGCAGCUGUGUUUGUUGGCAUAAAGGCGUACCGAAU